AUGAUCUUCCUAAGCAACAAGCAAUUCGAGGCCGAUAAUGAUUUCGAGGAAGAGGAUGAUGAAGGUGAAGAGGCUCAGAAACCGCUCAUCUACAACUUGUACGAUUUAAAUGCCAAGGAGCAGAUGAUGUCUGCCGAAUACUGGCUGGCUGGUGGUUUCAUUGCUAUUUAUAUGCUUCG